AUGAUGGAAGACGAAAACAAUCAAAGAAUAGAUGGAUCAUCAACAACUACAAAAAUUAAGAUUGUUAGAAGAAUACAAUCACGGAUAAUAAUUGGUGUUGCUUUAAUUACUAUGAUUAUCUUGGUAAUUAUUAUUCCAAUUACAAUUACUUUAACAAAACAAACACAUAUGACAACAAUAACAUCAAUUGAAACAACUUCAUUACCUAUAAUAACAACAGACAAUAUAGUCAUGACUACUAAGACGACAAACACAAUAACAACAACAAGAUUGGUUACAACUGCAACAAAUUCUCAAAUAUUCAAACGUACAACUGAAAAAGUGUUUGCUAUAUGGAAUACAACUGUAGGUGGUGAUAGUACACCAUCAUUAUCUAGUGGUAGUAUAGGUACUUAUUGGUCUACGGAACCCUCAGAAAAUGCUUUAGAUGGGAAUAUUUCAACAGAAUAUACAAAUCAUGGUAUAUGUAAUAGUGAAUCACCUCUUUCAUUUCAAUGUGGUUUAAAUACUGGUCUUUAUUUAACAUUAGAAGUUAAACAAGCUACUCUAAUUGGUUUUCAAAUAGGUACAAAUAAAGGUUGGUCUUAUCGUGAUCCAUUAACAAUUACAAUUGAAGGAAGUAAUUCAAAUAAAUCAGAAUUAACUUUAGGAAAAAGUUGGAUAUUAAUAUAUAAUGGUACAACUGGUCUUACAAUAGAUCCAGAAGUUAUCGUAUUCUUAUUACUUCAAUAA